AUGUCAAUACAGUCAACAUAUGAAGCAUUGAAUAAUUUUGAUAUUCGUAAUGCAGCCGUAAAUCGCGGUCAUUUUGCAACUGUUUAUUUUGCUCGACAUCGUAUUACUGGAAUCAAGGUCGCACUAAAACAAGUUGAAUUAAGUCGAAUGACUGAUAGUAAAACUAUUGAAGAUUGUAAACGUGAAGUUUUUUUAUUGCAACAACUUGAUCAUCCAAAUAUAAUCAAAUAUAUAUCUCAUUUUAUUGAUAAUAAUGAUUUAUAUAUAGUUUUGGAAUUGGCUAGUGCAGGUGAUUUAUCAAAAAUGUUCGAAAGUUUACAUCAGAACAAUAAAUUAUUAAAUGAAAAAACAAUUUGGAAGUUUUUUUGUCAAAUAACUUGUGGUCUUGAAUAUAUGCAUUCGAAACGAAUUAUACAUCGAGAUAUUAAACCGGCAAAUAUUUUUAUUAAUAAAGAUGGAUCUAUUAAAUUAGGUGAUCUUGGUUUAAGUCGUUACUUUGAUUCGAAAACAAUAUUGGCUUAUUCAAAUGUAGGUACACCAUAUUAUAUGGCACCUGAAAUAAUCGAUGGGCAAUGUCGAGGUUAUAAUUUUCAAUCCGAUAUUUGGUCACUUGCUUGUAUUUUAUAUGAAAUGGUAGUUCUUCGUUCUCCUUUCUAUGAAAUAGAUUUGGAUUUACCUUCAUUACAAAGGAAAAUCUUAACACUCGAUUAUGAACCAUUGUCGACACAAUUGUAUUCUACUAAUUUACAUUCUAUUAUUAAUCAAUGUCUUGUUCUUAAUCCAGAACAACGUCUUCCUAUCAACGAUAUUAAUAAUAUUGCUAAAACUAUGUACACACAGUUCCGUACUCAAAUAACAAACAAUGCACCAGUUCCUAUAUGA